AGUUUGUGGGUAUUCCAACUUCUCCUAAAGCUUCAGUGUGUAAUUUAUAUGCAUGAACUUGGUGGCAGGUGGUGGUAGCAGUGAGCCAUGCUUCUCUACCUUCUGAGGAUUACUGGAAGUUGGCCUUGCCAAAUACUCCAAUGCCGAGGGCUGUGCAAGAUCUCUUGCUACCCAGUUAAUUAUAAUUGAAUCUCUAAACUCAUAUGCAACAAUUUUUUUCCUUUUAGUUUGGUCAAGAAAUUAAUUUACUGUCGAAUAUUAGUCAAGCAGCUUAUUCUUAAUUUCACUGCUAAAUAAUUUGCAGACUCGAUGGAGGAUGGAAGUUCUAUCAAUGCCAGCGAGAUUGUGCUAAACGACUUCCCAGGAAAUGAUUAUGUCCAAUACCAAAACCCAUCAGCUGCUGAAACCCCCACUGAAGAUCGACCUCAAGAUACUUCAGGAAAAGGUUACUUCUUGGAAAAGGACCUGCAUUCCAGCACAAAAAUGAAGAUGCACUUCAAAAAAACUACAAAUUGAGCUCUGUUCUUACCCCAUCAAAUAGCCGACUCCAUACCCUUUUGAUCUGACAAGUUCCCAGAAAUUCUAAAUAGGUUUUCACUUUAGCAAGAUUCUGAGGAAGCUGAAAUCAUGAAGGAAACAAUACAAGAGUGUGAACAACCAGCCCUGGAAGGAGAUUCUAGGUUCUGUGCCACAUCCUUGGAAUCCCUAGUUGAUUUCAGCAUUAUGCUUGGGAAGAACAUCAAAGCAAUCUCAAAUGAGGUUGAAAUGGGGAGCCAGGAAUACAGACUUGGAGUGGGAGUGAAGGUGGUUGCAGACAAAUCAGUGGUGUGCCAUAAGCAGAAGUACCCAUACGCUGUGUUUUACUGCCAUGCAAUCCACAACACAAGGGUUUACACACUUCCAUUUGUGGGAACCGAGGAUGGAACCAAAUCUGAAGUUGUGGUUUCUUGCCAUAUUGAUACGUCAGCUUGGAACCCGAAGCAUGCAGCCUUUAAAGUUCUGAAAGUUAAACCAGGAACUGUCCCUGUUUGCGAUUUCCUUCCCCAUGAUGAUAUCAUCUGGAUUCCUAAAUAACUAGAAAUUUGAAGAAAGC